AUGGAAGUUCACACAAAAAAUGAAUGGUCCCUCGGGGCCGAAGGUCUGAAUCUACAUGAUGUGGAAAAGCGGCAAGCCGUUAUCGCGGUCAGUGAUGAAGACCUAUCAGAGCUGAUGGAAACACUUCGCGAAACAAUCAGGGAACAUGAAUUGGAUCCCAACUUCCCACCUGAGAUCCUCAACUCGGCCCGGGCAGCUCUGCGUGAAUCUCCCGAGAAGCUCGAAGCAAGUCACCUUCAAGUCCUUGUGGCUCAAAUCCAAGCCGAGCGCGAUCUUCUGCUCAAUGACUCGCCAUACGCCGAGGUUCGUGCCGUCGUCGACAAUACAGAUGACCCCUCUACACCAGUCAACACUUUCCGUGCUUGGUUCCUUGGAAUCCUAUUCACGAUCCUGGGUACUGGAAUUGACCAGUUCUUUUCUCUGCGCUACCCUGGAAUAUACCUCUAUACCGUGGUUGCCCAAUUGCUUUCAUACCCAUGUGGUGUAUUGCUCGCACGAGUUCUACCCACUACCUCGUUCACCAUCCUGGGGAAGAAUUGCAGUCUCAACCCGGGUCCCUUCAACCAGAAAGAGCACAUGCUCAUUACAAUCAUGUCAAAUGUUGCAUACGGAGGGCUCAAUGGCACUGCAUACGUCACCUCCAUCUUUCAAGUCUUGAAGCUUGACAUCUUCUAUGGCAUGACAGAGUUGGCUGACAGCGCAGGAUUCCAGAUCCUACUCACGCUCUCAACCCAACUAAUCGGCUACGGAUGUGCUGGGAUUGCUCGACGUUUCUUGGUAUACCCUCCUGCCAUGAUGUGGCCCAAGAAUCUUGCCCAGAUUGCCCUGAACCGAGCCUUGCACAACGAUGGCAGCUCAAGUUCAGUGAGCGGGUGGUCGAUCUCCCGCUAUCGGUUCUUCCUCUAUUGCUUCGGUGGGAUGUUCUUCUACUUUUGGUUCCCGGACUACAUUUUCCAGGCCAUGUCAUAUUUCAACUGGAUGACUUGGAUUGCACCACAGAACGUCAAAUUGGCUAUAAUAACUGGAUCAAUAGGUGGGAUGGGUUUCAAUCCUCUGCCUACCUUUGAUUGGAAUGUCGUGUCUUACGUCUUUGAUCCCAUUGUCACUCCAUUCUUCUCGUUGUUGAACAACGUCAUUGGCAUGGCAUUUGUUGGCAUCGUGAUCAUUCUACCCGUUUACUUCUGCAAUGCCUGGAACACCGCUUAUCUACCAAUCAACAGCAACGAUAUCUUCGACAACACUGGCAAUGACUACAACGUCAGUCGAAUCCUUACACCGGAAUUUACUCUUGACGUCGAGGCCUAUAAGGCAUACAGCCCGGCAUACCUUGGAGCCGCCAACGCAGUUCUCUACUCGGCCUUCUUUGCCAUUUACCUGGCAACAAUUGUGUAUGCAGCACUCUAUCACAAAAACGAUAUCAUCGGCGGCUUCCACGCCGUUCUCAAGUGGAAGAAUGCCAGGGAUCAAUACAAUGACGUUCAUAACCGUCUUAUGCGACAGUACAAAGAGGCCCCCGAGUGGUGGUACCUGGCUAUUCUAGCCAUUGCUUUCAUCAUGGGCUGUGUAUGCUGUAGCAUUUACGAUACCGGCAUGCCUAUCUGGGGAAUUGUCGUUGGAUUGCUGCUCUGCGUCUUCCUGCAGGUUCCCAUUGGUAUUAUCAUGGCUGUGACUAACAUUGAGGUCACCAACAAUGUUAUCGCCGAGUUCAUUGGCGGUUAUGCCGUGCCGAACAACCCAGUUGCCAACAUGAUCUUCAAGUCAUAUGGCUACAUUGCUGCGGCUCAAUCGGUGCAAUUUGUGGCUGACCUCAAACUGGGCCAUUACAUGAAGAUCCCUCCACGAACGAUGUUCGUUGCACAGACAAUCGCCACUAUUGUUGCUGGAUUUGUAUCCAUCGGAGUCAAUGCUUGGCAGCUAUCCAACAUUCGGGAUGUUUGCACUGCCAAUCAGUCCGCGAGCUUCACAUGCCCUGAUACACACACCUUCUUCACUGCAUCGGUCAUCUGGGGAGUAAUUGGCCCAGCCCGCAUCUACGGCGAUAGCGGAAUCUAUCAUCCACUGGAAUGGGGCUUCCUCGUCGGUGCCUUGCUUCCCAUCCCAUUCUAUUUCCUCGCCAAGCGCUACCCCAAUUCCUGGAUCCGUUAUAUCCAUAUCCCGAUUAUGCUGAACGGCGCUCUGAACUGGGCUCCCUACAACUUCACAUACGCGUGGCCGGCACUGGUCGUCGGAUUCUGUGUGAACUACUAUGUGAGACGUCACUACGAAGAAUGGUGGCAGAAGUAUGCCUAUGUUUUGACCUCCUCUCUCUCCUGCGGAAUUGGAAUUGCGGGAUUGGUCGUUUUCUUUGCUGUUCAAUUUAAGGCUGUCGAUAUCAACUGGUGGGGGAAUACGGUUCCGUUCAAUGGGUGUGACAAUGAUGGCUGUGCCUUGCUGCCAAUUCCUGAGGUUGGACAUUUUUGA